AUGAAACCCAUAUGCGAUUCACUCUGCUCCCUCAAUGAUACAAACGACCUAACAAAGCGUCACUUGAUCGUAGUCAGUUUUGAUAGUCCCAAUCAUGGCGCUCGCUUGGUCAACAAGGUUGCAAACCACGCUUGGAAGGAAGGAAAGAAUAGCAACCCAUACCAUGCGAUGGAUAUGUGGAGCAUGGUAUACACCACAUCUCGUACUGUAUCAGACCUUAUUGAUGUCAUCGAGACCUACCUGUUUGGACCUUUAGAUCAUCACCUGGUUGAGACCUGGGGAGUUGUGGGUUUCUCAAUGGGCGGUCAUGCCUCCUUUAUGGCUGCUGCUGAAGAUCCUCGUAUCUCGGUAGCGAUACCUAUUGUAGGCACAUCUGACUUUCUGUCAUUGAUGAAAGAUCGGUUGCAUGAAAAUAAGUUGCCUGCAAAAGAACAUCUGCCUAAGACAUUCUGUGAUAUGGUCGCUCAAAAGACAGCGUGUUUGAGUGACCGAUUGAAAUCUAAACAUUUGCUCAUCAUCAAUGGACAAAAGGAUCAGUUGGUCAAGGCCAAGUUUAACGAACCAUUAGUGCAUCAGUUACAACAGACUCAUAUAGGCAAAGAAGGGUAUGAUUGGAAAUACCAUGUGGUACCAAACGUUGGUCACGAAUGGUGCGAGGAUAUGCUUCAUUUGAGUAUUCAAUGGUCUGAUCAAUGGUUGCUCAAAAGACAACAAGGAAAAUUGUAA